AUGUCGGCGACCCAUCGGAGCUGGAACGUGGAGGAGGUGUGCACGGCGAUCAGGACGGCGUUCCCAGGGGUUCCACCGGAGAGGCUCACGCAGAUGGCGUUCGCGGUGGAGGAGGAGCACGGGGACACCGAGCUCGGCUCGCCGCCGGAGCCCUACCAGGAGGAGAGCGUGGAGGACGACAUCACAGACGAGAUCGACGCGAUCGCCCAGGCGGCGGAGCCGAUCGACGAGGCGGACGCGGUGGAGAUCCUGGCGACGUGGAAGCAGACGCGCACGGCUAUGACCAAGGAGAAGUUGGACCGCGGGCUCAGGCCUCAGUGGAAACCUCGACCAGGACAAGGAGGUCAUGGUGGACCGACUCGGCACGACCUCGACAAGCUCGGCCGGAGGGUGAAGUGUUUUCGGUGUAAGAAGAUCGGCCAUUUCAGCAGGGACUGCAAGGAGCCCCCCCCGGCCCACAGCUCGCAGAUGGUGUUCGUCGAGCCGAUGGACGAGGAGGACCAGGAAGAAGCACGAGUCCAGGCAGUACUGGGAGCUGCGCAGGACGACGAGGGCACCGACGGGGACUUGGACUACGAGAUCAACAGCAUCCUGAAGGUCCAUGAGGACAAUGUGCUGGCGAGGCUCAUCCAGCAGGAGCGCUGGAAGCGGCUGGCGCACGAGAUGAAGGAGCAGCAGGAGGACGAGUACGCGUCGGUCGAGAAGAGGGCCGCCGAGGAGGGGACGGUCCUGGGAGUGACUCACGCCGACGGCUGUUCUGCGCCAGACACGGGGUGCUGCAAGUCCCUGAUCGGCGAGGAGACGUUGACCAAGCACGAGGCGGCGACAGGCAAGCAGGCGAGGUGGUUGAAGGACGCCAAGCCGAUGCGGUUUCGCGGGUUCGACAAUAGUGUGCAGGAGUCGGUCGGUGCUGUGGAGCUGGACUGGGAGAUCAAGAACUUCAUCGUGACGUUCGUGGUGUACGUGGUCCCGGGCUCCGCAGGUUUCCUGAUGAGCAAGCCAGACAUGAAGGCUCUGGGCGCGGCCCUGGACCUGGAGACGGACUCGAUGUACCUGAAGCGCCUUGGCCUCACGAUUCCCUUGAGCGAGACGGUGGCAGGCCACUAUGAGAUCGAUUUCCUGAACCGGGAAAAGAAGGUGAAGAGGCAGGCGCACACGAGAAUGGUGACCGAGCUGUUCUCCCCACCUCGUAUCGUGCCAGUAGCGGCGCGGUGCGGGUUCUUGGAAGGUCAGAGUCUCGACAAGGUGCACGGCUGGGAUGUGGACAAGGACGACGACUACAACGCCAUGUGGCAGCGCAUCAUCGAGGACGAGCCGUACUUCGUGCACAUGUGCCCUCCAUGCCAGAAGCUGUCGAUCAUGCAGCAGCGCAUGCCUUUGGAUCGCCGGAAGGAUCUGGCACAGCAUUUCAGAGAUGUGAAGUGGUCGGUGAAUUUGGUACAUGUGGUCGUGGAGGUCGCGAUCUACCAGAUGGAGCGGGGCAGGCAUUUUGUCUAUGAGACCCCCCCGAGGUGCGCGAGCCUCCAGGUGCCGGUGAUGAAGCAGCCCCUGCAGACCCGAGGCGUGUACGUGGGCAUAGCGAGCGGCUGCGAGUUCGGACUGAGGUGCCCAGACACCCUGAAGUUGAUGCCCAAGAGCUGGGAGUUCGUGACGUCUGCGCCGGAGGUCGCGAAAGCAGUUCACCAGCGGUGUGGAGGAGGACACGAGCAUCAACAUACGGAAGGCAUGCUGAAGUGUGGGAUCAAGCGCACGGUGUUCAGCCAACGGUACCCCAGGAGGUUGGUAGAGGCGAUCGUGCGGGGCAUGCGACGACAGUGUCAGGUGGAGGCGUUCAGCUCGGAGGCCGCGUGCAAGGCAGUGCAGGGAGAAGAAGAGGACGCAGAUGAAACACGCGAUGUGCUACGUCGGCCUCACAGCUCGAUAGAGAGCAGCCCCAGGAAGUUGCAUGUGCAACUCGGCCACUGCAAGAACAACGUGCUGAUAAGACACCUGCGACACGCACACGCUACGGAGCAGGCGAUCAAGGCGGCCAAUGAUUUUCAUUGUCCAGAAUGCGAGGGCAUGAAGUGCCCCAAGGUCGCUCGACACAGUACACCAGCGGAGACCCAUCUCCCUUUGAAGUACGUGAGCAUGGACUGCAAGGACUUGCCGAGCUGGAUCCCGGGCGAGCGGAUCACCUGUCUGGGCAUCAUCGACGAGACGAGCUCCCUGCACCAGGUGGAGCCAAUGAUCGGCAUGGCGGAGACGUCGAAGAACCUCAUGGAUGCUCUCGAGCGGGCGUGUAUCCGCCCCUACAUCCGUCCGAAGUGGCUGAAGGUGGACCCACACCGGGCGCAGAUCAGCGACGAGUUCCUCAACUGGUGCGAGCGGCAGGAGAUCGAGGCAGAGCUGCGGACCAAGAUGGUGAACCUGGAGCACUACAGCGGCCAGAGGUUCGAGGACAUCACCGGGAGACGCGUGCGGGGCAAGCAGACCAUGGACAAGAGGACGGUGAGCGAAGCCUACCAGCCGCUGGAGGGCCACAUGGAUGAGAGCCGCGAGGAGCAGGAUGAGGCCAAGCGUCCACGGCUGGAGGAGCAGACGACCAUCGACGACCCGUCCAGCAGCCAGCAGCAGUUCGGAGGUGUGACUUAUCCUCCGAGUCUGCCGAGCCCACCGCUCAGGGACUCGGCGGAUGCACACCUGGCGAGAGAUGUGGAUGAAGACGUCAUCGUGGACGAGGUGGACGUUCUGCUCACGCAGGGCAGUAAGGAGAUCAACACCAAGGAGGACAAGUGGAAAUCACCCGAGGGCCUCGCGAUGAUCGAGAAGGCGUACACCAAGGAAAUGACGAGUUUGGUGCACGAGACCAAGGCAUGGAAGCCAGUGGACUUGGAGAAGUCGCGGCUGCUGAAGACCCAGGUGCCAGAUCGGAUCUUACGUCCGAGGCCGGUGCUGACGUUGCGGACGGGCGACGACGGCAAGGAGGAGGUCAAGUGCCGGUGCACGCUGCAGGGUUUCAAGGACCCGGACAUCCUGGAUCUGGUGCGUGAAGGACGGACGGCGAGCCCUACCAUGUCUACCAACGGGAGGGCGAUGCUCUUGCAGACGCUGGCGUCCUGCAAGUUCGACCUGACCAUCGGCGACGUGAAGUCAGCUUUCCUCGUGGCCGAGCCGGAGGCCAGGCCGAAUGGUCCGAUCUACGUGACGAUGCCGAAGGACUACACGCUGAAGGGCUACCACCCGGAGCAGCUCUUCGAGGUGAUCAACGGAUACGGACUGGGAGACCAACCUCAGCAGUGGUGGCGCACGUUCGAGCGGUACAUGUUGGAGGAGCUGAAGUUCGACCAGCACCCCAUGGACCCGUGCGUGUUCCUGCUGAGGGAGCCCGUGACCCAGGAGAACGCCGGCCUGGUCGCCAAGGACAGGGUGUCGGUGAUCCCGUACGCCACUGGAUCUGAGAGCGCCCAGCUGCGCGGUGAGCCUGGCGCGCUGUGCGGUAUCCUUGGAGUGCAUGUGGACGAUCAGAUCAAUGGUGGCCGCGGUCAGCUGUGGGCCACUGCGAUGAAAAAGCUUCGAGCGAGGUUUCCAUUCAGAAAGUGGGUGACAGGGAGUGGGGAGUUCACAGGAGAGAGCAAGCUCCUGAAGGCGUCUAUGGGCCACCUGGAGUGGAUCAUGUGCUCGUUCGCUGCCACCCUGUACCCCAUGUUCUGCCUAGAAAAUCGUGAUCGGUAUUCCAGGAAGUUCUCGGCGAUCAGCGUUAUCGAUUGCAAGUCGGUGUUCGACCACGUGACGAAACCUGGGGCCCCUACAGGACUCGAUGACAAGAAGGCCUCCAUAGACAUAGCGAUCGCCAAAGGGAGCCUCCGAAGCCUCCCGGCCUGGGCCAUGGUGAAGUUCGAGGCGACGGGCAGCGAAGAGCAGGCCAGGGCAUUUCUGCUCGGGCUGGUGGACGUCCACCCGGACGUGUCGUCUUGCGAGGAGUCGGAGGCCAGGGUCAAGGUGAGGGUGCCAGCCAAGACGCUCCUGGGCGCCGUGCAGGCGAAGAAGGGCAACACGCCAGUGACGCUGCAGCACGCGGCCAACACCGGGAACAUCCAGGUGAUGACGGGAGUGGCUCUGGAGGACGAGAUUCGGGACAAGUGCAAGAUGCUGGAGAGGGCGUGCGCUUCAUGGCAAAGAGCACCGCUCGACCAGAAGCCGAAGUUGGAGAUCAAGUCGCCGGCCACGGAGUUCUUCCGCAACAGCACGGUGAAGGCGAGCAAGAAGGAGAUCGAGCAGGACGGCGACGAGAAGAUUACGCUCCCGGACGACGAGGGAUACUCCGAGGCGAUGGACGCCAUCCUCGAGAGCGUCGGGUGGUCUCUUUCCGAGUACCCAAUGAUGAGGGACAGGAUUCUCAAGACGCUGCAGAUGUACGUGCCCGACGGGGAGGGGGAGGCCACCCCAAAGCGAGCACAGGCAGUCGGUGAAGACGACGACGGCACAGGCGACUGGCAGAUGGGUGACAGUGUGAAGGUCAGAAAGUGA